GCUUCAGUCUGUCCAUCAGAAAAAUGGGCUCACCCAGGGCCAUGUAUCUUGCACCUCGGCAGGCACAGCACCCAGCUCAGCAGAGCAGACAAGUUCAGGGCCGGGAUGGUGAAAGCUGGUCUGAGCAUCAUUACCUUAGCAGGGUGGCAGUGUCCUUGCUCUCUGGCAAGUCAUGCGGGCCAGCCUGCCCCUGAGAUUGUGACACCCCUCCCCCGCCGAUGACCUCACCCCGGAGCGGCCAGUGGGAACCCUGGGACAGGUCUGUGAGGUCACCCCAUUCCACUCCACAAAGACUCUUGUUGGGCAGCAGCCACUGGCUUGUCUCCAUCCCUGGGGGAGUUUCUGGGACUCAAGGAUUCAAGAGCUCUGGAGAGCGACGUGGGGCGUUGGGGACUGAGGACCCGCCAGGUGCUGACCCUGGGAGACCAGGAGCAGGGGUACAGGUCUUGUGGGUGGGAGCAGUGUCACCCAGCAGUUCCGGGAGGCCCAGGAAGCCCACGGCCUGGCUCGGGCACCGUCACCGCCGCCAGGCCACCAUGGUCCUCGGCUGGCUGCUGCUUCUGAUGAUGGCUCUGCCCCCGGGCACGACGGGCGUCAAGGACUGCGUCUUCUGUGAGCUGACCGACUCUGCGACCUGCCCCAGUAUCCCCAUGCGCUGUGGCGAUGACGAGGACUGCUUCACGGGCCAUGGUGUGGCCCCAGACAUUGGUCCCAUCAUCAACAAGGGCUGUGUGCAGAGCACUUUGUGUGGCCGCGAGGAGCCCGUCAGCUACAAGGGCGUCACCUACAGCCUCAUCACCACCUGCUGCACGGGCCACCUGUGUAACGGGGCCCUUGACCCCCCAGGUGGCCGGAUGGCCGGGGCCACCACCGGCCUGGCGCUGGGUGUGCUGCUGUUGCUCCAACACGUGCUGUGACCACCCUGGAGGGCGGGGCCCGGGACUGGUCUCUGAGCUCCGCUGCUCCCCGUGCCCCCUGCCUCUACCCCCU